AUGUCCGUCGACUGGUGGCAAUUCAGUGUUUGCGAUUGGCUUUGCAGCUUCUGCAAGCCUGGAGAUGUGGUGCCAGAUGUUGGAGCUGAAUCAGAAAUCGUGAUUUCGGCAACAUGUCCUCUUGCCAUUGAGCAGGAGGCGAACUUGGACUGCCUCAUAAAUGCCCAGCCAAUUGAGACUGAAGAGGCGAAUGCAAUUUCAUCAUGGACGAAAGAGGCUGCCUCGCCUUCUCUCCAUACAAUAUCCGAUGAGUUGGCGACGUGCGUGUCGAGAUUUCUUCCGGUGCUGGAGUUCCUUCCGCUGCGGGCAGCCUGUCAUGGAGCAGCUGACACACAGGCUUUUAAGAAACUCUUGAUGGUGCCGUGCCCUUGGCGCCUCAUGGCUGAUGCCCGGCAAUCUUUGAAGUCGGCAGAGGCCUUGGAGGAGAUCCAUGGUUGUGAGAAGGUGAUUUAUCACACGAAGCAGAAGCGACUUUAUUUCCGAGGGCUGGAUGGAUGUAAAUGGACGUCGAUCGUGGACUCAGACCGCAGUUUCAAAGCCGUUCAGGCGGCGUGGCGUGACCAGCCCUGCCUGGAGCAGAUGGCUGCCUGGGGUGAGCGACUGCGCCGGGCCUGUGGUUUCGCGCCGAACGUGCCGACAGUUCGCGUCUGGGUCGACCCAAAGACAUCACAAAAGGCUGGUGACAUGGGAAAUUGUUGCGGAAACGAUGGCGGCAAGGUCGCUUCAGAGCUUCUGGAUGACAGCCCCGCCGCCGGAAGUCUGACUGCAGAUCUAGGACUGACUCCGAUUGAGGGUCUCCUGUGUGGCGAACCCAAUGGAGUCGACGUUGGAGACGUCAUGUUUGAUAAUCUUGGAUGCGUUGACUGGCACGUCAGAUUGGUAAGUGGCAGGAUGAUGCGAUGGUAUGACUAUGACAAUGAGCAGGUCCUCUACCGUAUUCCGACUCAUGAGAUCGUCGGUGGGGCACCAUUCAUGUUGCAAUCCGCCCAGCACAUCAUGCUCCGGGAAGAGGAUCUUUUCGUGUUCGGUGACGAGGAUGAUGGCACCUACACUCCCAUCACACCAGGCUCACAGGUACGGCUGUACAGAUCGCCGUUCCUCAUGAAUCGCCGAGUUGCGGAUGAGGUGAUGGCUGCUUUAAGACCAAUUGGUACGUGGAGUUGGGGGACUGGUGCGAUGGCACUCCUCCUUUGGAUCUUUCCCUUGAUGCUUCUCUCCAUCUUGCUCGCUGUUUGCUUGUCUCUCCGCCUUAUUACUUCUGCGAUUCCUCUCCUGAUUGGUGUGCUGCUGAUCGGCCUGGUGGAUGCGCGCUGCCGGCGCUUGCCAUGCCGGUCGAUCCAGUACAGACAGCCCAUAUGCACUAGCCUGGUGACAUUGUUUUGGACGUUUCCGGAUGUGCGGAUGUGCGGAUUCCCAGACACGACGGCCUUCCAUCGCGAUGGACAAGGCAUUAUUUCUGUGGCUGCGCAACGGCUCCGCUUGUUAACAGGCCUGAUCCUUUCAACCAGUUUCCCUCUUAGAGGGCGUGCAAGCCAGAGUGAUCUCUGGUGGAUGGACCCAGCGGAUCGCGUUCUUCAAGAGCUUCAGCGUGAGGUUGCCCAGGUUGAGCCCCUGCGACAUCAGGUAGCUGUCUUUCAGGGUGAUUUGAGUGCAUACCAUCUUGAGGUCGAGGCUUUGCGUGCGGAAGUUAGGGCCUUGCGUGAUCAGAUCGCUCCUUUGCAAGAGGCCCACGUUCGUGCUUCUGCCCGCCUGCAGCCCCGCCUUGUGCAUCCUGCUCCAGCCAUUGAAUCCUUGACGGAGCGGGUGUUGCAUAACCAGAGCUGUUUUCAGUUUCUUGUUGUGGCGUUGCAGAGAACCUUCCCUCACGUCCAGUGGCAGUCCCUCCACGAGGUCCUUCGCAAGGCUCGUCUCGAACCAGGGGUCAAGCAGUCAUUGGACAGGGAAGCAGUUGUGCGGCGAUGGUUGUGUGUGUUGUUGCAUGAUACCAGUGCAUCUUCAAUGGGCCAGAUGCUUGCGGGGAGUGCGUGUGAUGGUGCCGAGCUUGUGUCUGAGACGUUUGAGGGCAAGGCAACAAGUACUCUUCUGAAAAGAGUCCGCUGCGUCGGGAAAUACGUGCACUGGGCGUCGGACAAUGGGUGCGAUGCUUUCCCCUUCUCAAUUGAGAAGAUCCGGAGUUACCUCAAGGAUGCUAUUUCGGGUAACAAGAAGAGUGCCAUCCGGGAUUUUGCAAGCUCCUUGAAUUUUUGUCGCUUUGUGUUGGGGUUUCAGGUGAGUGAUGAUGUGACUUCACACCCAUGGUUCAAAGGGACGAUGAGAUUUGCCAACAUCCGGCUCCGGGAUGCCCACCGAUCACGGACCUUGACUGUGAAGGAGGUGAAGCAUCUUGAAGAGGCCUUGAUCGGGGGCCGUUUGGACCGUUUUGAUCGAUAUGCGCUCGGAGUUAUGUUGUUUCAGCUGUAUGCUCGAGCCCGAGUGUCUGAUUUGCGUAAUCUGUUCAAGGUUUACCUGGACAUAACCGGGGCAGAAGGGUAUAUCGAAGCACAUACGUACGAGCACAAAAGCCGUCGCAUCACCAGUGGACCCAGUGCUGUCCUCAUCCUGGUGGCUCCGAUCCAGGGGCUCGCCUCCCAGCCUUGGGGGCUUGCUUUUGUUCAGGCUGCCAAAGAUGUUGGGUUUGACUUUGAGAAAGGUUUCAGAGGCCCGAUGUUGCCCCGUUUUGCCAGCGAUUACACUUGGUCAGGGGAUGCGGUGGAUGCUGCUGAAACCACAAGGUGGCUGAAUGGCAUCCUCAAGGCGCUGAUGGGCGAAGUCCUUGAUGGCCUAACGAGCCAUGGCCUGAAAGCCACAACACUUUCGUGGGUGACAAAGGCAAAUUACGGGGACCGUACCAUCCUCGUGCUUGGCCAUCACUCACUGGGGGCUAGGGGCAAAACUUCCGAAGCAUAUGGUCGCGAUGUGCAGGCGGGACCGCUGAGAGACUUGUGUGCAUGCUUGAAAUCGAUCAGAGUGGGGGUCUUCCUUCCAGACUUGACCCGCAGUGGCAUGAUCAGGGAGCACGCUGAGUCGCCUGAUGAGUUCCCAAGUGGUUUUGCUUCUCGCCCCUCUUUCCAGCCGGCCUUUGCACCGUCCUUCAGUGUUGCUGGCCAUGCAAAUGACACGGCGCCCGACGAGGCAGCACCUUCUGAAGGGGGGGCUUCAGCGUUAAGUUUGGAUCGAGCUCCCGGUUUCCAGGAAGGUGAGACUGAGGUUGCCAGGGAGGCCGAGGAAGAUGCAGUCUUCGGUGGCGUGAGCCCAGAUCGUGUAUGUGAGUCAGGUUCCUUGGAGUCUUCUAGCGACAGUGAAUCCUCGGGCUCAUCCAGCGAGCCGGUUGAUUAUGAUGGCUUCCUCCGAGGCUUCGAGGUGCAGGCCCCGCGUGCAACCAUAGGGGUGGACCUGGAUCUCUUCCAGAACCCUAAGACCAAAUCAAUCCACGCAAGGGCCCGAGGUGCGACACCCGACAGCAAGAUGCUUUGCGGUCGGCCGGCAAAAGGUUUUGUUCCCUUCUCUGGAAGAGUGCACAGCAAGCAUUGGAAGUGCAAGCAGUGUACGAUGGCUAAGCCCAUCCGAGACACUGGCUCGCUUUUGCAUCACCUGGACAGGCGCCUCGAGAGGAUUGUAGCUCGUGGUUCGAUCACGGCUGCAGAGUUUGUAGAAGGUGCAUUCUACGAGAUGUGCUUAGGACCUUUGCAGCUUCUUUGGCCAGAGUCUACACAGUUUGCCGUGGGGUUGCCAGAUGAUGCAUUGCAACGGCUGCUUGACCAGGGCGUCGACACUCUGGCCAAACUGGCGUUUGCCCCUGGUCAUCCCGGGGAGUCCCCCAGUGACGAGAAACUCAAGGCCUUAGUUGCUCCAGUAGCUGCCCCCGGGGGUGCAGGUGGUGCCGAGCCCUCUCUUGGUACCGUCGCCGCGGUACGCAGGUUAGUCUUCGAAGCACAAACUUUGGUCGUCAAUGAGACCAAGUGCCUAGUUAAAAUAAAGAAGAGUGUUGACUUGUCUGGUGUCAACGAGUGCUCGCAUGCAAGCUAUGACCUUUGCCUGAAGCUGAUUUCUGACAACUGUGUCUCGUAUCUUCAGCCUUCGAAGUUUACCUGCCGGCAGGCGGAACUGCGUAUGGAUAAGCCCCGCAAGGAACUUGAUGUCGCGGCCCCAGGCUCGUCCUCUUCCGUGCUCCUUAUCAAGGACCGCGCUGCAGAGCAGCAUUGCGACGUGACGCAUGCCCUUGAUCUAUUCCAGGCCCUGCAUCGUCGCGCGUUGGCCAUGGACCUUGUUGGCCUUAGCACGUAUGCUCGCGUGCAAGAGUGGAACUCUUUUCUUAUGAACCACCUCCAGCAGCCUGUCCUAGCGGGAUACCGCAGCCCCACUGUUCAGCAACUCCUUCACGCUGAUAGAGCUGCCUGGGUCCGUUUGUCCGAGUUAACCCCAGCCGGGGUGCGUCGCAAGGCUACCGGUGAAUUGCCGUUGGAUAGCCUCUGGGCUGAUUUGCAGAAGGACCCGCGCGUAGUCUUUCACCUUUUGCCGCUUCCUGACUCUUCGGGCAAGCAUCCUGCGCCCGCCCCGCCGGGCGUUCCUGCUGCUGUGCCUGCUGGCUUGUUGCCGGUGGAGGUGUUGCCUGCCCGGCCUGAUGUUCCCCUUUCAGAAAGUGCAGCUCACCCUGGCGGUAGCAAGCAGCUGACUGUUUUCCAUGCUCUUGAAGUGUUUGCGGGCAGCGCUCGUCUUACUGUGGCCCUUCGUGCCGUGGGCUUGCAAGAUUCCUGUGGCGUCGAUCAUCGGAUCCCCAGGCAUUGCCCUUGUCCCAUGGUCAAACUUGACCUCACUCGCGAUUUUGAUGUACAGCUUUUGCAUGAUAUGAUCGACAACCCUUUUUGUCUUUAUGUGCAUUUUGCACCACCGUGUGGCACGAGCUCCCGUGCUCGCCUGAUCCAAGAGACCGAUCACGAUCCCGAACCGUGUCGGGAUGAUACCUUUCCUGAUGGCCUACCCGGGCUUCCUGAUCGUUUGGCUCAACGUGUGGCUGCGGCCAACCGCCUCUAUGGCGUCACCGCUGCAGCCCUGAAACGAGCGGUUCUUGCUAACAAGCUUGUCAGCUGCGAGAAUCCCCUGAAUUCUUUCAUGUGGCAGACCACUGCGUGGCGUCAGGGCACCUCCGGUUUGUCCUUGCGGGAAACUGUGUUUGACCAUUGUUGCUACGGGGGCAGCCGCCCCAAGCAUACGUUGUGGGUGCACAACGUGCCAGCCUUCGACCAACUCAGCCUGACAUGCCCUGGCGAGUCCGCCUCCCAUAAGCAUUUGCCUUGGGGUCGUGUGUCUAAGUUCCGCUAUGCUACUAGUGAGGAGACCGCUUACCCGCUUGGGUUGUGCAAGGCGGUCGCCGCACUCCUGCUUGAGGAGCUCUGCCGGCGUGGGUUCCAGCUGCCUGCUCGUUCCCUGUCAGAUGAGGUUCGGCAGCAACAUAGAGCGGCCCAGGUCAGUCUCGGCUCCCAGCCCCGUGGCAAGAAGGUUGCUCCUAUGGUCGCUGAGUUCCGUGAUGUGGUCGUUGUGACAUCUGACCAUGACUUCUUGCCUGCUUCAGCCAAGCUGCCCGUGGCCGUGCCUGUUCCGCCCUCAGCCUCGUGUGACCCGCCUUUGCCAGAGCUGCCCAUGGGUUCUCGUAUAUUGCGUCGUGUUGCACUUGGGGGUGGAGAGACGCCGCGUUCUGGACCUUCAUCCCAGCCAAGCAGUAGGAAUCAGGGAAACCCGAACUGCCCCGUCGAGCAGUUCGCCUCUGUGUGCCUUCAACAGAAAACUAUCUUGGCUGAUGAUGUGACUCAGCUGUUCCAGCUCUUGAAGUCGGAUCGCUUGGCCAGAGGUGCUGGCCUGGAUGAUGAGUUUUCGUGGUCCACAGGGGCCUAUGCACAGGGAGGGGUUACCGGGGUUAGGACGAACCUGCGGCUCAACCCGGCUGUCAGUACUAUGCUGUGUCGGUUCGUAAAACAGCAUGCACCAGGGCAUCCGUUCUCAGCCAUCAUGCUUGGACGAAACCUUCAAGAUCCGAACGUGCCUGACUUGAUGGGCUGUGAGCUGAAGUUCGAGUCCAACAGGACACCAAGCCUCCUCACCGGCAGGGCCCGAGGAGUUCCACCUGAGCUGCAGCAAACGAUUGACUUCUUGGCGUCGGAGGGCAUGCACACCGUUGGUGCCAGUAGGACUGAAGCUUUACGUCAGUGGCUAGGGCGAGCCGCAGAGCUCGACGAGCAAGAACGUGUGUAUAAGGAGACACUGCCCAAGCACUGUGCGAAAACCUUGAGCAAGAAAAGGCUGCUUCUUUUCGGCGAGAUGAUUGAGGCUGCCGGCCACAAUGAUCCGUCGUUGGUUGCGGAUAUGUCUAAGGGUUUUGCUUUAGGAGGUCCGAUCCCCUACUGCCCUGAGUUCCGCGCUAAGCGUACAGCUGCCACCAUGGCGGUCGAUGACCUGCGAGGGUCAGCACAACGAAUGCGGAAGGGCAUCCUAAACUCUACCAAGAGCUCAGGAGAUGAUGUGGUGGAUGCUGAAACUUACCGAGUCACCUUGGACGAGGUGGAGCGGGGGUGGCUGGACGGGCCGCUGAAAGAGAGCGACUUGGGGGCCAGCUCUUUGUUGACCAGGCGCUUUGGCGUUGUGCAGAAUAACAAAACACGGCCCAUCGAUAACUACCUUGAAAGUGGUUUGAAUGCCACAUCUUCAUCGUACGACACAAUCACCGUGCACACCGCCGACUGCAUAGCAUCAGGUUUGGCCCGUCGACUGAGGGCCGAUGCAAAGUGCAGGUUGCACCAACUUCUCUUGAAGUCCUGGGACCUUCACAAGGCCUACAAAAACCUUCCACUAUCCCUGGAGGCGCUAGAGGACAGUUUCUUGUGCGUCUACGACCCAAAAGGGAAAUGUCCCCGAAUUUUCCGACAAAAGGUUCUUCCGUUUGGAUCACGGCACAGUGUGCACGCAUUUUGCCGGGUGUCACUAGGGAUAUGGAAAGUCCUUGUAGUGCUGUUCUCAUGCCACAUCAACGUUUAUUUUGACGACUUUGUGGGUGUGGAGCUGGCUCCUCUGGCCCGCCUCUUCGACAUUGGUGUUUGCCUAGUAUUCCGUUUGUUGGGGUGGGAUGUCGCCGAAGACAAAGAAUCUGUGUUCGACUCCUGUGCAAAAGUGUUGGGGUUGAAGUUCGACUUGUCUGAGUCCCGUCUCGGACGUAUCACUCUGUGUAACACGGAGUCGAGGCGAGACGAGAUCUUCGAGGCCUUGUCCGACAUCCUUUCGUCUGGUUACCUCACGCAAAAGGAUGGCGAGCGCAUCAGGGGCCGACUCCAGUUUGCUGAAAACCAGAUAGCUGGAAAGGUUGCUGGAACAGCCUACAAACAACUGUCGCGGUUUGUGCAACGAGGGGGAGGACACCUGGAUGAGUGCACCAGGGUAGCUCUACUAAGGUUGCGCGAUCGAGUCAACUUCUCACCGCCCAGGGUGAUCUGCGCCAACAUCUUGACUACCAUGCAUCUUUAUGUCGAUGCCUCUUGUGAGGGUGCUAACGUAGGCUUGGGUGGUGUUCUUGUUAAUGAAGUGGGUUCGAAGAUGGGCUUUUUCAGUGACCGCGCGUCUGAGCAUGUGAGACGUCGCAUGAAUCCUGAGAGCGGCAACCCCAUUUUCGAGUACGAAUGCUUAGCCAUCCUUGUCGGACUCAGGUUGUGGGCUCCGCUCAUUCGCAGUACCAACCUCGUUGUGUUUACUGACAACGAGGGUGCCCUGGCCUGUAUGGUUGCCGGAAUUUCAAGCAACAAGUAUGGAGAAGCGAUUGCUCAGCAUGUUCAUGUGCUGUGUGACGAGCUUGGGCUUAACAUCUGGUUUGAACGCGUGAACACCUGCUCAAACGUGGCAGAUGCCCCCUCACGCGGCUCUAAAGAUCCGGAGCUGGGCAAAGAAUUCACUAUCGAUCUUGAUACACUCGUUGAUCACGCCUUUGAGUCUUGGGGGUUGUGA